AUGCGGCCGCCGCAGACGAUGCCACCGCCACAGACGGUGCCGCCGCAACAGACGGUGCCACCACCGCAGUCAAUGCCGGUUCUGCCGGAACCUGACGAUGAUCAUGUACCGAUCCCUCAUCGGAUUGAGGACAUGGGCGACGGCCUCUCGCGGGCGCCGCCGAAGAGCUCCGAGAAGCCGCCCGCGUGGCACGAGAUCGAGGCGCGGCCGCACCUGAUCGAGGUGGAGCUGGAGGAGUUGGAGUUACAUCCCGACGCGCCGGAUCUAAAACCAGGCUGGUUUGAGUCGCUGAAGUACUUCGUCUCCUUGCAUCCCCGUUCCGAGGAGCCCGAUCAUAUCCCGCUCCCACGCGAUCCGCCGCUCCAAAGCGUCGAGGGACACUACCUGGUCUCCCAGGCGCAACGCGCCUAUGAACCUGGACUGCAGGUGGGCGAUGGCAUUCGACAAAAUCUGGUCGCAUCCUUCGAGGAGAGCAUGAGCCUUCCAAUGGAGAAGCUGGACCAUUAUUUAGUGGCCUACGUUUGGGCCACGAAGACUGGCUUGAUGGGCGCACAGAACACCACCCUUGUGGGGCGUGCACUGGCGCCCUUGCAAGAGUUCAAACUGCAACGGAAGACCACCACUUGGGGCAUCUUCGACAUUUUGGAAGGUCAUCGGGUGGCUGAGAUGCGCUUGAGGUAUCAUGCCUGCACGACGCCCGCUGCCAUUGAAGAGCCACACGUGGCGGAUGUACAGCAGACGGAGGUCACGGUGCGAUGGGCGCCGCCAAAGAAUGACCAUGGGGCGCAGGUGAUUGGAUAUCGGAUCUCUAUCCUACUGGAUCCCAAGCCUAACGAGCCUCCACAGUGGUACACCUUGUGUGAGUGCACCAGUGGCAAGAAUCCGGUGUAUGUGGUGGCCAAUCUGAAAGGCAACACCGCCUACCUGCUGGACAUCAGGGCCGUGAACAAGGUGGGUUAUGGUGAUGCCUAUGAAUAUCAGAUCACCACUGCCCCGGUCACGCCCGAUCCACCUGGAAAGCCCUGGAUCGAGGAAGCCAGAGAUGGCUGUUUGAACGUGGCCUGGAGUUCGCCUGAGAAUGAUGGCGGGAUGCCCAUCACCGCCUACAGGAUCCGCAUGCGGAAGAUUCUAGGUGCAUCACGUUGGAACCCCUUCGGCCCGGGUGAAGCCGCUGCCUCCUGGGUGGAAAUGGGGUCAGUGGCUGCCGCAGGUGAUGCGGCCAUGUACAAUGCUUGGGUCGGGCCUCUGGAAGCGGGCGCUUGUGACUGGGACGAACACCGCGGCAAGCGUGCGGGUGCACGUGUGGCCAUUCGGAAUGACCCAGGAGGUUUCGUUGUGGAGAAUAUCGAAGAAGGCUUCAACACUGGAAGGGGCGAAUACCGUUUCCAGAUUGCCGCCUUAAACAAGCUGGGCGAAAGCAAGCCGACGCGGGUCGCGGUGACAGCCUCUGUCAAGCGGAUGGACGACCUUGAUGAACCCGUCACCUUCGUGGCGACGCGGCUUUGCCGGCGCGAAGCGAUGCGCCGCGCCAUCCGUGCCGUCCUCCCGCGAGGCGAACUCCUCACCGUCCAAUCCGAUGACCGCCACCCUGCAGGAGACCGAAGGGAAACGGCGUGGAGCUCCUGGCUUGCCCUUACCGUCCUCCAUGCUGAAGAGGAGCAACUCGCGCUCCCUGAGAUACGAAAAGCAGAGCUGGUGAUUAUGAAGGAAUCCAUGCAGGCCUUCCAUUGGCCCUCAGAGCAGAUCGGCGAGCGUAGCGGCGAACGCGUGCGCGCCGGGAAGCGCGCGGCCAAGUUCAUCGCCUGCGGCUCGGCCGAGCCGACUUGGAGGUCUCAGAUAGACCUCCAAACGUACCCCUUGAGCAGGUACUGGUACCGUUUUUUUCAAGGUCAUGUGCUAUUUUCUAGGGUACUUGAGGUCACGUCCAAGUACUUGCCGAGAGGCCUGGUACUGGACGAAGAUACAAAGAAGGGUUGA